AAUAUCAACUGAAAAAAAAAAAGAAUAAAAAAAAAGAAAGAAAGUGUCUCCGUCCCUCUUCCGGUGUCGUGCUGUUCCGGCGGCGGAUGUUGAUGUUUUGUUUCGGAGCUCGCUGAGACGAUAUGUGAACUACUUCAUAUUUUUGUACCCAUCCUCUCCGUUUUGUCCUGGGUCUGUAUUUUAGGAAAGGUUUCUCUGUUUGUCGGCACCGUGUUUCUCCCGGUGUCACUGCCGGGGAGCGAUGAUGGAGGACUUUGAUGAAAUCUACGAAGAGGAGGAGGAAGAAGAGGACGAGGACAGGGCCGCAGAGGAACAGCUCCUCAAGUACGCUCCGGACCCGGUGGUGGUUCGAGGGUCCGGCCACGUCACGGUGUUUGGACUUAGUAACAAAUUUGAGUCAGAAUUUCCUUCAGCACUUACAGGGAAGGUGGCGCCAGAAGAGUUCAAAGCCAGUAUCAAUCGAGUGAACAGCUGCCUGAGGAAGACGCUCCCAGUGAACGUGCGGUGGCUCCUGUGCGGCUGCCUCUGCUGCUGCUGCACUCUGGGCUUCAGCUUGUGGCCGGUCAUCUGCCUCAGCAAAAGGACCAGAAGAUCAAUAGAGAAACUUUUAGAGUGGGAAAACAACAGACUUUAUCACAAGUUGUGUUUGCAUUGGAAACUUAGCAAAAGGAAGUGUGAGACCAACAACAUGAUGGAAUAUGUAAUCCUAAUAGAGUUCCUUCCCAAGAUCCCCAUCUUCAAACCAGACUAACGAGACGACAGAAGAGCCAAAAAAACUAAAGUUACAAUGGCUGUGAAACUCCUCCCUCUGAAAAACUCCACUAGUGUUUACAUUUGUCGCCCCUCUUUUCACAAAUAUACCUGUUCUGCAUCCUUGUUUACAAAUCCAGCAGCCCCUUGCUUUUUUUUUUUUUCCUUUGCCAUUGAAAUUUGACCGUUUGGUCAAACUCGUGCUCUGUUGAGCAGCUGCUGACCCUCUUCAGAGGAGAAGCAGCCAUUUGCAGGGACGCUGCUUUUAAAGCUCCGACAAGAAAACUGGACGCUCAAGUUGAGUUCUGUGAGACAAAAACUGGAUAUUUGUCACUUUCGUCCCUAAACUAAGCACACAGCACAGCCAGACUUAAAACAAACUUCACAGGCUCCCUUGGUUUGAGAGCUGUUGGAUUCACGCCCUGAAUCUGUACUUUGGACGCAAGAUGGAGCGAAACACGAGAGUUCAUCCAGAUAAAUGUGAAGCAGGCAGACUAGUCCCGCAGGAACAUGUCAAAGUUCACUCCUCAUCCGUCGGAUGUCUUCUUGCCCUGUGCACAACCAGUGACAAUCACACACUCUGACUGCACUGUUUAUACUAUAUAAAUGGGUCUUUGUGCUACACAGUUCACCCAAAGCAAUUAGAUUUCAAUGUUGUUUGCGUCCAAGUGAUGGACUGGUCACCUAGCAACCGGGCAACGACGAGACAAAAGGUUUGUGUCACUGUUUUUCUUUAUUUUACGGAUCAGGUUUUGUUUACUGUUUUUGUUCAAAUGUGCGUGUGCGUGUCAGACAGAGAAACAGCAAGCAGUCAAAAUGGAAAUACAGAAAUAUCACCUCAGAAAGAAAAAGAUUUCUUUCUUAAUGUUUUUUUUUUUUUUUGUUACCUAUUAUGAUCUUAUUUUUGGUUUGUGUAAGUUUGUGUAAGUGUAUGGCAACUUUUGGUUGUUCCUUUUGUUAAAUUUGUGGUUAAGUGUCAACAUUGAAGGACUCUCUCUGAGUCCUGCACUCCUUUUUCUGUGGCCUGUGUCACUAAAACGCAGAGCUUAACUUGUUUCCAAAUAUUUGAGUCCAAGGGUGCGUUCACACUGCCAUGAAAAGAUCGGAUACAGGUCGCAAUAUGUCAAAAAAGAUCGAAAUUGGGUCACUUCAGGCUGCAGUGUGAACGCACCCCAAGACAAGAGUCAGAGCUCUGCUGUUUUAGGUGUCUCGAUUUAUAAGUUCAGGUGUUUCGGUUGACAAGGACGUUUAAAUUAAGCAGACUCAUCCCAAACUAGAAACGUGAAUUAAACGUUGCACUAGUACAUUUUUUUUUUUUUAAAUAAACCAUAAAACUGCUUCUUACGUUGGAAAACCUACCCCCAUGUUCACUUGCUUCUGUGAUGCUGAGCUGAAUAAAAGGCAAUGAAGACAGUCAUUUCUUGGUGAAUAUAGGGAUUUUAAAGGUGCCACUCUUUCUGUUUAAAGCUUGAAUGCAUCAUAGACGUGGGAAUAGGUGUGGGCCGAUAUGAGACUGAGUGAAAACGCUACAUUUUCAUCGAUCCACGCAAAAAUUGAAAUCAAUGUCUAACAUGAUGUAGUUGCUUCGAAAAUGGCUCCAGCUACAAAAAUGACAGUAUUUCUACAGUUUGUUUUUAAAUUUGCUGACUGUGCAUCAUGCAGUACCUUGUUGCAGUUCUUGCCUUGUACGCUGCGACACAAUCUGAUGAUAUUAGUUGUGCUAUCUGCUAAGGCAGCUAUACCAGACAUGAUGCUCACAGCUCUCAUAACCAGGACUGUUUCUAAAUAGCAUCUUUUUUCUUUUUCUUUUUUUUCCUUGCAAACAAGGGGAAAUGUAGUUGCCUUUUUUCAGCCAGAUGACAGCUUUGUUGUUCUGAAUAUUCAGAAUGGAGAGAAAUACUUUCACUCUGGUUCCUUUUCACAGACCUUUGCAGCAUCAUGGCAAUAAAUUGUAGCGGUUUGAAAGUUUCUAAAAACCUUGGUGUCCCUUCAUUCUUUAAAUCUGCCCACGCCUACCUACGAAGAAAGAAAACAAAAUAUCUAGCACCCAUUGUGGAAUACAAGUAGUAAAUUUAUGGCACCUAAAGUGAGAUGAUUUGUUUUAAAUUCAGCAACAGUUUUGGUUUAUUUUUAACUUCAUGGACUUUGUCUAAAACGGCUUCCAUGUCACUGCUCAGUCUGAUGGCAUACUCAGCAUUUGAUAAAGAGACAAGUUGAGACUGACGAAGACUGCAGACCAGUUUCCAAAACAUCCACAUAUGUUUACUGAGAUCACGUAUAUCUGUGGAAUUUGAACAAAGCCACCCUGUUUUAGCUCCGGUGACUGUACAGGUGGCACUCAGGGGACGUAAAUAAUAAAAUGUAGCAUUAAUAAUCCUGUUGUCAUUUAUUUUCCACAGUUGUGACAGGGUAUCGUGUAGUAGUACAAAAGACCACACAUUACUUGAAUAACUGUAAAAUUAUGCAUUUAGUUUGUUUUGAGAUGAAGAAAAAAAAAAAGUCAAAGUUGAUUAAGCUUCCUGAUGUCUCUGUGGUCUUUCUGUUCAGAAGCACACACGUCACCAACCCACGCAGAAAAGUAUUAGUUUAUAUCUUAAACGACGAUUUAAAAAAAUAAAUAAAAAAAUCAGCUGUCUUGCCGGUUGGCAUUUUUGGUUCAUCUGUCACUUUUCUACUUUUGAUUGUCCUCUGCUUUUUGUAAAUCAAGGCAUAAGGUGUUUAUUUAGUUUUUAUGUGUUGGUAUGCGCACAGUGAAUGCCAGAUGCAUAUUGAUUUCGUAUUGCUGAUCGUGUGAUCGAGUUCUACACAGAAAUGCGUCAUUUUUUAUAUGAUCCAGAGUGUAACCUGUAUGUGUGUGACUGCGUGAGUGAGAAAAAGACAUAUACACAUGUAGAUAUAUGUACAGUUAUAAAACUACCAAUAAAAAGAAAAUGGACAA